UAGUUGCUUAUGAGUCGUACUCGACAACGCGCUCGAAUUAUAUACCAUUCAGACAAGAAAACAAACACUAUAAAAUACAAAGAAAAAACCAAAAAACCAAAAUGUUCCAUUUUUACUUUCUUAUGCAUUGAGUUGGAUUCGCUUAAGCGACAGUUCAAGUUAGAACGUCAUAGCAUUUAGUCACAUUUUUGAUAUGUGAAAAUUUGGAUUGUAAUAAUCGUUUGGGAGAGAAGAUCAGUUGAAUUGUUAAAUGAUUUUUGAAGAUGCUAUAAGUAAAAAAUGGCCCAUAUUCCGUUUAAUUAAAUUUCAUUUUUCAAGUUUAUUCAUUUCAAUCACAAGACAUUUUUCAGUUCUGUAAAGAAAUUAACACAAGAUGUAUUGUUAUUUUUAAAAAACCGAAAUAUGAUUGUUCAACAAGUUAAUAUUUUACAAAACAAAGUGAAAAACGUGGACUUUUGUGGAAUUGCAUGAUUUCUAUAGUUCAUAAAGACUGUAUUUUAUUUGCAACGACCAGAGUCGAAUCUGAACAAACUUACUUUCAAACAUAUGAAAAUGUAAAUAAAAUCGUGUUUUUCCCACAAAUACCGAUUAUUAUUAUGAACAGUGUGAAAUAGAAUGAAGCUGUUACGUUAUUAUCAUACAUAGAGGUCUUCGUUCGUUGACUUUUGACUUUGAACCAAGUGCAAAAAAGACAACAGAAGCAGAACUGAUAGAAAUUAACUUUCUACAACGAAAUAUGCAUUAAUAACAAAAGCAGAAUACUUAGAACUGCAUUGAUAUGAAACGGUAUUAUCGCGAAUAAAAACAUGCCGUUUUAGACGAUAGUGAUAUAAGUGCAGCAAUUGCACCGCUUUUCUCUGUGCAUUAAAAAUAAUGAAAUCCAAUUGAAAACUCUUGGGAACAAUGAACAAAUACAAGAGAAUGCUCUAAGUACAUAACGAAAUGAAAUAGAAAAAGAAAACAAACGUUUCACACUUCAUAACGCCGAGAAAAAAAAACGAAAAUAAACAUGAGUACAUCGAUGCACGCUGUGGAUAGUUAUGUAAAUGAUACUGGAGUGAAAGUGCCGUUCAGUUUUUUUGAAAAGAAUAUCAUUCCUUUUUUUGGGGCCGUCAAAACAACUGAAGAUUUACUGCUUUGGAUGUUUAUUUCAAUUUUGAUCGGUUUCUGUGCUAUAAUCAACUUGCUUGUGCUAGUAUCAAUGUUAAGAAUUAAGUGCAAUGGAACGCAUUAUAUAUUGCUGCAAUUAAUAAUUGUCGAUUUGAUAUCGUUGAUUGAAGUGAAAUGGGAAUUAUUCUAUAUAAAUCAUCGAUCAUGGCUAGGUUCAAUUGAAUGGUCAUGCCCAGUUUACUUAGGAAUAGAUGCCCUCACUAAUACAGCACAAAUAUUCUUUAUUAUUGCGCUAAAUUUUCACUCGAUUUCGACGUACAAUCUAGGUUGCAAAACAGUUCAGAGAAACAAAGAAAAACUAUUAUAUUAUGAAGCGGAAGCGCUUGAAAAUAAUAUCAGAGAUCUCUGUGAUGUGUUUGAUGAAAGCGAUCGUACCUGCAGUCACAAUUCUGCAUCGGAAAUAGAAAAUCGCGCGAAGUUUCAUAGGGGAAGCCAUCAACGAUCUAUCUAUAUCGAUUAUAGUAAACCGAAGAGCCGAAUAUCAGUUUUACUUCCAAUAAUUUUCAUAUGGUUGCUGGCAUUGUCGAUGUCGGUGCCUUUGUUUCUAUUCGGACGAAUUAUACCAACGCUCAAUAGCAGCGAAAGAAUAUGCGGAUUGGUGGUAAUGAAUAACACCUUCCUUCUACAGAUUUUAUUGAUCAAAAUGAGAAUUGUGGUGCCAACACUUUGUUUAGUUCUAAGCACAAUGCAUGUGAUUUUGAAACUAUGGAUGGCCAAGGAGAAAGCAUCAAAAUUCUUGGUGAUAAACAAUUCAAUAGAUAUUCUCAAAUUAGCAUUGUCGUUAGCACUCAUUUAUAUACUAUUCUCGAUGCAACGCAUCUACGGCUCAUUAUUGUUUGAACUGAUCUCUCGCCCAAUGAUGGAAUUCAAAUACGGAAAGUUUAACAAAUUGAUAGGUAUCACUGGCAGUAUAAUACACUACACAUCAAUUUUCAUUCGACCACUCAUGUAUGUUCGUUUUGAAAAAACACUGCAAAUAAAUUUAUGGAAAGGAUGUUUAAUGAAAGGAUGACGAAAAUGAUUAAUUAAAUGACAGGCGGAAAACAAAAUAUUCGGACAAUGUUUUUGUCAUGAUUGUCCUUCGUUUAGCGAAUAAUAAUAAUAAUAUGUAAAAUUGUAUUAAUAACAACAUUUACUUUACGAAAGUGAAAUAUGAAGC